GGACCUGUAGACUACAUUCACUGGUUGAUGAACGGCCAGCUCAUCUCCCUAAACAACAGAACAUUCUUCUCUACGGGCAACAAGACAAUGGUUAUCAAUCCAAUCCAAUUUUCUGACAAUGGAGAAUAUCUCUGUGAGGCCUUUAAUGCUGUCAGCAACCUGACCAGCAUGACAUACAAGCUUGUGGUAAACUUUGGACCAGAGAGACCUGCUGUAACUAGUCCGGAUAUAACAAUGACAGGACACAGCGUGACCUUCAAUUGCUCAGCCUCCUCUCAGCCUCCCAGCCAGUUCAGCUGGUUCUUCAAUGGCUCCCAGAUGGUGGCUGGCUCAGUGUAUGAGACUGGCCCACUGACCUUAGCCAAUCAUGGGGAAUACACCUGUGUGGCCUUCAACAACAUCACUGGCAGAAACAGCACUGUCUCCAAGAUGCUCAUUGUUGUUGGUAAGACGGAAGAGACAAUUAAACUGUUUAACUUGUGGAUAUAAGCCAUUCAACAUGCAGUGAUUGAAGUCAAUAUCUUGUGAUACUCUGACGUUUUCUUUCCAGAACCAGUCACCAUGGCCAUGGUGAAAGCAAUGGGAUCCCAGCCAAUUCUGAACCAGACAUUCUCUCUGACCUGUGAGACCACUGGAACCAUUUACUCCAUUCAUUGGAUGAGGAACGGCUGGCCUCUGUAUGCUGACAACAGAACAGACUUCUCUAUGAACAACAAUACACUGACAAUCAACUCUGUCCAGCAUUCUGACAACGGAGACUAUAAGUGUUUUGCCUCCAACCCACUCAGCAACAUGACCAGCCGAAACUACAGACUGAUCGUCAACUAUGGUCCAGAGAGACCUGCUGUAACUAGUCCAGAUAUAGCAAUGACAGGACACAGCGUGACCUUCAACUGCUCAGCCUCCUCUCAGCCUCCCAGCCAGUUCAGCUGGUUCUUCAAUGGCUCCCAGAUGGUGGCUGGCUCAGUGUAUGAGACUGGCCCACUGACCUUAGCCAAUCAUGGGGAAUACACCUGUGUGGCCUUCAACAACAUUACUGGCAGAAACAGCACUGUCUCCAAGAUGCUCAUUGUUGUUGAACCAGUCACCAUGGCCAUGGUGAAAGCAAUGGGAUCCCAGCCAAUUCUGAACCAGACAUUCUCUCUGACCUGUGAGACCACUGGGACCAUUUACUCCAUUCAUUGGAUGAGGAACGGCUGGCCUCUGUAUGCUGACAACAGAACAGACUUCAUUAUGAACAACAAUACACUGACAAUCAACUCUGUCCAGCAUUCUGACAACGGAGACUAUAAGUGUUUUGCCUACAACCCACUCAGCAACAUGACCAGCCGAAACUACAGACUGAUCGUCAACUAUGGUCCAGAGAGACCUGCUGUAACUAGUCCGGAUAUAGCAAUGACAGGACACAGCGUGACCUUCAACUGCUCAGCCUCCUCUCAGCCUCCCAGCCAGUUCAGCUGGUUCUUCAAUGGCUCCCAGAUGGUGGCUGGCUCAGUGUAUGAGACUGGCCCACUGACCUUAGCCAAUCAUGGGGAAUACACCUGUGUGGCCUUCAACAACAUCACUGGCAGAAACAGCACUGUCUCCAAGAUGCUCAUUGUUGUUGAACCAGUCACCAUGGCCAUGGUGAAAGCAAUGGGAUCCCAGCCAAUCCUGAACGAGAGAUUCUCUCUGACCUGUGGCACCGCUGGAACGGUUUACUCCAUUCAGUGGAUGAGGAACGGCUGGCCUCUGUAUGCUGACAACAGAACAGACUUCUCUAUGAACAACAAUACACUGACAUUCAACUCUGUCCAGCAUUCUGACAAUGGAGACUAUCAGUGUUCUGCCUCCAACCCCCUCAGCAACAUGACCAGCACAGAAUACAGACUGAUUGUCAACUAUGGUCCAAAGAGACCUGUUAUCAUGAGUCCGGAUAUAGCAAUGACAGGAUACAGCGUGACCUUCAACUGCUCAGCCUCCUCUCAGCCUCUCAGCCAGUUCAGCUGGUUCUUCAACGGCUCCCAGGUGGAGACUGGCUCAGUGUAUAAGACUGGUCCACUGACCAUAGCCAGUCAAGGGGAGUACACCUGUGUGGCCUUUAACAAUGUCACUGUCAGAAACAGCACUGUCUCCAAGAUGCUCACCAUCAUUGCACCUGUGACCAUGACCAUGGUGAAAGUCAUUGGAGCCCAGCCAAUACUGAACGAGAGAUUCUCUCUGACCUGUGGCACCGCUGGAACGGUUUACUCCAUUCAGUGGAUGAGGAACGGCUGGCCUCUGUAUGCUGACAACAGAACAGACUUCUCUAUGAACAACAAUACACUGACAUUCAACUCUGUCCAGCAUUCUGACAAAGGAGACUACCAGUGUUCUGCUUCUAACCCCCUUAGUAACAUGACCAGUCCAAACUAUAGACUGAUCGUGAACUAUGGACCAGAGAUGCCUGUUAUAACGGGACCAGCAUUAGGAGAAACAGGACACAACUUGACCUUAAACUGCUUGGCCUCCUCUCAGCCUCUCAGCCAGUUCAGCUGGUUCUUCAAUGGCUCCCAUGUGGCGACUGGCUCAGUGUAUAAGACGGGCCCUCUGACUUUAGCCAGUCAAGGGGAAUACACCUGUGUGGCCUUCAACAACAUUACUGGCAGAAACAGCACUGCUUCCAAGAUGCUCACCGUCAUUGAGGCUAUAAAGUCAGUGAUGGUGAAACGAAACAAAACGCCGAUAUCAUCUGACAACCUAACCCUGACCUGUGAUGUCACCGGGCGCUAUGACACCAUCUACUGGAUGAAGGACAACCUGUCUCUGGUCCUGAACAACACCUUGAACUCUGACAUAACCAUCUCUAACAACUCUCUGCACUUCAGUCCAGUUAAGGUGUCUAACGAUGGAAACUAUCAGUGCGUUGCCACCAAUCUCUUUGGUCCACACACCAGCCCUAAAUACCAGCUACGGGUGAACUAUGGCCCCCUGAGUGUGAACAUCUCUGGCCCAGUCUCAGUGGUGGUUGGCUCAGUAAUCACAGUCACGCUGAAGUGCUCUGCUGACUCCCGGCCAACCAGCGAUUACGGGUGGAUAUUCAACAACCAAUCAGUGCUAGGGACUGGUCCUUUGAUGGCUGUUAUCGCCUCCUUGGAGAAUGCAGGGGACUACACUUGUGUGGCCAAGAACCCUGUGACCAACAUCUCAAUGUCCAAGACCAUUAGUCUGGAUGUCCCUGGCCACUCGCCUGCCCCUCCAUUCCUGUCCAGAGUUGGUCUGAUGCUGACGGCCCUGCUAGCCCUCUCUCUCUGCCUCUGAUCAACCACUGAGACCACCACAGUAAGCACACUGCAUGUCUGUCUGCUGGCUGGGAGCCAAUCACUCCCUUCCCUCUACCUUCACUGACUCCCCUCACUGAUCUGAAAAAGGACUGGAUAGAAAUAAGUGGUUUUAUAUCACAUUGUACUUGCCCCAUCUUGCCACUAUAGGGCUGGGUUUAGUAUGCCCAGCUCCUUUCCAAUGCUUUUACAUUGUGAGGAGAGAGAACAAGAGGUCAGAUGGGAGGGGUCUAUCCCCUUAGAAUAGAACCCACCUCGACAGUGUGUUUUUGCCAAUCAUCUCUAUAAAUAAAAACAAAAAUCUUGAAAACUGGUCUUCAACAUGAUAAAUGAAAGGGCAAACAUCCACUGCUCAGCAGCACUGCCUAGUUCUGUUUCUAAAAGUUCUUAGAUAUUUACUGCCCUUGUGACUGUGACUGUUGCCCUGGAGUCCAUUCACUGAGUCCCUUUCUGUGUUGUUCUGUGUUUGAUCAUGUAUGUAAAAGCUGUUAUUUAAGUACACAUUCAGGUUUAAUUAACUUGUAAAUACCUUAAAGGUAAAACAUUUAAAUUGAUAGUACAGUUAACUGGUGUUUAUGUAAAAUAUGACUUGUUUUUGCAUAAGCUUGUAAAUUCUCGGAGGAGACGCAGGCUUGUGCUGUUGUCUUAUGUUUAUAUUUCCUCUUCAUUAAUUAUUGUCUUAAAUAAAGUGUUGUCUUUUCACACCUGUC